UACAUUAAUAACCGAUUGCUUCUUAUUUAGACCCCUUCAAAAAUGAAAUUUCGUGAGAGUUCUUUCGUUGGAGCAUUUUUCUUGGAAAUUCUUCAAAUUAACCUGAUCAUUGCUGAAUCCUCGUUUCGUCUUUUAGAACGAGACAAAUACCCGGCAUCAGGAAUUUUGCAAGUUUUUGGAAACGUUCGCAGCAAUUUGGAAUGCAGUGUUUUGAUUCAUGGGGCACAGGAAUACUUUUACCACAAGUUUACAAGAAUAUGUGUAUCCACCGAGCAACUGGGUCCGUUCCAGCUGCAAGCAGGACCGGGAUUUUACCGGUAUCGUCGGGCCGAUUUAGUACUAAAUUCAUCAACUACCCAAACAACAUCAAUACUUUCCUCGACUUCAACGAGUAAUGUUGGUGUACCAACGUCAUCAGAUCCUCAGAUAAGCUCGGGAGUGGCCAUAUCAACAGAAACUACGUCAUUUUACAAUACAGAUGAGACGUCAUCAUCACCUCUGGCGUCAUCAGUAGUUACGAACGUCACUUCGUCAUCAGAGGCGUUAGUAACAUUGAGCUCGACACAUCUGUCAAGUGAACAAUCGAAAGGGGUUACAGAGAUGGAUAGUGCGAUUUCUACAACUGAUCUUGAAACAACAGUUAGUACAAAUUUUGAUCUUGGAACCACGUCGAGUGUCACCAACAAUGCUUCUUUCUCAGCCUGCAAUUAUGCUAAUCUGGGACAUUUAAACAAUUGGUUCACUGCAAAGACGGACUGUGAAGCAAUAGGGGGAUACCUAGUUGAGUUAGCAACAGUUGAAGAAGCCAACUUUAUACUGACAAAUGUUAUUCAGUCUCGCCCAGCUUGGUUAGGGGGACACCGGAACGGUACUUGGUUCUCCUGGUCGAGAGGGGGAACUGUGACGUACACGGACUGGAUGGAGGGGUUCCCCAAAAACGUCACGGGCGAGGAUUGUCUUGUUUGGGCCACGGGGGGCUGGAAUGAUGCACCCUGUGACAAACACCUCAAAGAGGUCAUUUGCGAAAUGGAUGAAUGUCCACCUUAAUGACAUCUUAUUGUGUGACAAAAAUCUCACACAUAUAAAAUUGACCACAAUUAAAUUAAACAUUUAAAGAAACCAACUGCAUAAUGGAUCAAUGUCCGGCCGAAUACCAUGAUAAACUUGAGGUUUUUUUUAUAGACUAUGAUGCAUGUAUACGCUCCGGAGAAAUUGUUUUUAGAUCUGAAUUGAUCAAUGAUAUGCAACAGGAACAACGCAGAAUCUUAUUGUGAAAUGAAACUCUGUCAAGUUAAUAAAUAGACAUUUCACCCAAGAUCUGACAUACACCUCAAACAUCAUCUGCAAAAUUGAUCCAUCUCCAGCUUAAAACGGCCAAACUCCUCAAAUAUGAAUCAGUAUUCAAAUUAAUGGCAUCUCUUUUUCCACCAUGAUUAAAGUUAUUUUUUGCACAUUUGCUUUCUAAAUAUACUACUGACUGCUAUUAAUUUUCCACCGUCUGACAACAUUCUUAAAGUAAUCCCCCAGCCAAUUAAAUGGAGCCUCUUAUUUUAACCUUCUGAAAAGCAUUCCAAAAUUUAUUUUUUGCAAAACUAUGUCUGGCUAAAUAAAAUGCAAUCAAAUAAUGGAUCUUGUUUUUCUAAACCUUUGAAUAAGGAUCUGCGAAAUUGAACAGUGUCCAGCUUAGUGAUUUUUUUUUUUACCUUUUGAAACACAGCUAAAAGAAAUCGUCUGUGAAAUGGUUAAAAUGUCCGACGCCACUUGUUUUUACGUGUGAGGAGUACGUGUACACCUAAUAGAAAUCAUCAGCGAAUUAGAUCAAACAUCAAACUGAAUGAAAUUAAUUUUUUCAUCAUGUGACAAGCACCUUUUUGUAGGAGAAAUUAUCCACAAAAUGGAAAAAUGUCCAGCUACCGACACCAUUUGGCUUUUGCUUGUGAAAAGUACCACAAAAAAACACCUGCUAAAUUGAAUUGAUCAUGUUUUAUGUGAAUGAUCUGUCUUUGUUUUCCUCAAGUGACAAGCACUUAAGAGAAAUCAUCUGCAAAAUGGAUUAUUGUCCAGCUGAGGACGCUACUUGUUUCAUCAUUUAAAAAGAGUUUCAUAGAGAUCCUCUGCUGUAUUAAUCAAGGAAUAGCCAAACAAAAAAACUGCAGAGAGGUCAUCUGCGAAUUGUAAUGAAUCAUUGUAUAACUAAAUAACUUCUUUUUUUACAAUUUGACAAAGAUCUCAGAGAGGUUGUCUGCGAAGUUUAGCAAUGUCGGGCUGUGGUAUUACAUAUCAAUACUA